GAUGGACUAGAAAUCCAUUGGGGUCUCCCCGCGCAGGUUCGAAUCCUGCCGACUACGGAAGGAAAAUGCUCUUUCAGAACAUUUAUUUUGACACGAAAUUGCCGUUCAGACCGAUUUUCGGGAAACAAUGAAAAUCGCCCACGGUUCCCCCUUGUGCUUCACUUUAUUAACCAGGUUCUGGGAGAGGCCAGGCCGAGGGGGCGUGGCCAGCAUGCGCGCGGCUUUCCUCCCUGCCUACCAUCCGUUACCGUGGCAACGGGAGAGCGAGCGCGCGAGCCGCGGAGACGGGCUAAGAUGGCGGACGACUUGGAUGCGUUGCUGGACGAGAUUUACCAAAAUAUUGACAAAAGGAGCCAAUGAAGAAGAGGACAUAGAUGAAAUAAUUAAAGAUAUAGAUGAAAAUACUUACGCCAGAAAUUUCACAAAACAGACUCCUGGAUCAUUAAGCUCGGCAUCUGAAAAUAACAAUACCGCCACUCAAACCCAUGGUAAGAAAUGUUGCCCGGUAUACCUUGGUGGAAGUACAGCACCAUAUGGUAUUGGAACAAAUAUUUCACAAAGAACUUGUGAUCAGUUACGUUGUACUGCAUGUGACUUCCGUGUUUUGCAUUAUAAUGACUAUCAGUGGGAUAAAUCAUGUGAUUACCUUUUUUUUAGGAAUAACAUGCCUGAAUUCAGCAAGUUGAAAACAAAGAUGCUAAUGAAGAAGGGAUCACGGGCCUAUGCCUGCCAAUGCACUUGGAGAUCUAUAGAUGAAUUAACAGAUCUAACUAUGGACCGACAGCUCCGUUGGGUUUGUAGCAAACAUAUUGGCUGAUGUUGGCUUGCUUUCUGCAGCAUCCACAUCUGUAUGAAAAUCAUCUGUUCAUUGCUUGGCAUCAUGUAGGAUGCCCUGAGGAUCACUGUGUAGAUCUUACUGCUGUUCCAGUAUAAAGUGAGCAUUUGCAUCAUGCACUAAUUUGGCUAUAACUGUCCAGAGGCUUAACAUCUGAUUGCUUAUAGAACCAAGCUAGCAAAAUUGUUUUAGUUAAAUGUUAUAUUGAUAAAGGUCUUUGGAUUUGACAGCUCCUUCCAUUAACACCAAUAAAAGAAUAAUAAAACUGAAAAGGAAGAAUGCUUCCCAAAAAGAAAUGUGAAGUAAAAUCUUAUUCUUUGACUAGAGCGCUAGCUUAAUAUAGUUGGUAGUUAUAAUAUCUGAAAUAGAAAAUAUUCAGACACUUAAUAUAUUUCAAAGGAGAUUCUGACAAUUUUGCUUUUAUCUGGCUGUUGUUAUAGUCAAAUUAAUGCAGCCUUACAGCAGUAUUAUCCUAAACCUUGUAUGAGAAGCUGAAUUAUGCAAUUAAAAUAGCAGGCUAGUUCAGACUGACAAAGAAAAAGAUACUGCAGCUCCAAAAUUCUGAAAAGCAUAAUUGCUAGUUACGAACCAUAUUCAUAAUGCCGUUUUAGUGCAUACACACACGGAAGUAAACCCUACUGGCACUUGCUUCCAAGUAAACCUGCAUUGAAUUGGGCUAUAUGUUGUUUAUGCUCAUUUCACUAUCUGGUGAUCUUGCAAAGUUUUUCUAAUACAAAUCAGCAUCAUUAGGAGCCAGAAAGCUUUCUGAAAUAAUAUUUUGAAUCAACUAUGUUUCUUUGUGAAAGGCAGGAGUAUGCAUAAAAUAGAUGGAGGGUGACUUCACCUUACAAUCACUGCACAGCAUUUAAGUUAAUCAGAAAAUGGUCAAAUGCCUUUUUUAUUAUCAUUGUUAGCACAUUUGAGUGUUUUCUUUAAAACUUAAAAUCAAAAUAUUAUAUAAAGAUUGUCCUGACUUAUUGCAUCUGUUUUCCUCUUCUUAAAAAAUGGUCAUAUCAUGAUUGCUGAGUUGUAUUGACCUAAUAUGUCCUAAAUGUAAUUCUUGUUUAUAUAUAAUUUUUCCAACCUGUAAUAUGUCACACUAUCCAAUAAUAUGUUCACUAAUUUUUUGUAGCACUGAAAAUUUAGAAAUGAAUUGUGGUUUAAAGAUUUAUAACAGGCCAGUAGUAAACAAUAUGACUGAAAUAACAGCAUGCUAAAACAAUAGCUAUAGUUCAUUAUUUUAUCAGAAACACAUUACAUACAAAUAGGUGCCAUUGAUUUCAGUUGUUUUUUAUAUUGUGGAAUAUGUUUAGAAUUAUAAUACAAAUAAUUUUGGUAUUAUUAUACAAAUAGUAAUACAAAUAAAAUAAUCUGUUUAGAAUCAUAAUACAGAUAAAUUCAUAGCUAAGACUGUACAACAUGGAAAUCAGUCCUUGCUCAGAUUUUUUCUGUAAUGUUACAAUCAUUAAAACAUUAUAUUCUUGGCAUUUCUGAGUAAAAUUAUUAUAUUUCAUAUAUCAGUUACUUAA